GUGUGGAUGUGUGGGAUAUGGGGAACAAGGACUGACGUAGCUUGUGAGAGCUCGUUUGCGGGACUUAUCACAUUGAUAGGCUCGCAGGAUGCAUGAUAAACGCUCUGAGCCUCCAAAAUUUCAGACAGACCUUCGAUUGAACAUUGGUUUUGUAUCUGCCUAUCCUAUAGCCAUGGUGCAACCAAACCAUGGAGCUUCGGUUCCCGACAUUGUUGCCAUGGGCAGCGAAGGUGAGAAUGUGACGCAGUGGCAAGAACGGUGUGGAAUCAAGAAAGAGAAUCAGAUCCGUUUGGUCAAGUUGGCGCACAUGCGUUACCAGCACCCCGAUCUCGAUCAAAUUACCACCUUUCUCGAAGAUUUUGGUAUGACGAUCGCAAAGAAGACGGAAGAUCAAAUCUGGUAUCGAGGUUACGGCAAUGAUCAGUACGUCUACUACGCUCGGAAGGGGCCAAAAGAGUAUCUCGGAGGAACAUUCACCGUGGAGACCUACCAAGAUCUGGAGAGGGCUACUCAGCUUCCAACUGCUAGUAAAAUCAAGAAAUUAUCCGAUGCUCCUGGUGGGGGCUCUAUGGUCACACUGACGGACCCUGAAGGAUUUCCCGUGAACUUAAUAUACGGACAGAAAACAGCUGAGAAGGGCAAAUAUCCGGAGAGGCUCGCUGUUAACUAUGAAGAUGAGAAACCUCGCAUUCGAAGGUUUCUGCGCUUCCAACCUGGUCCUGCAGCUGUGCACAAGCUCGGGCAUUUUGGACUCUGUACGCAAAAGUUUGACGAGCUGGUCACGUUCUACACCACAAAUUUCAACAUAGUUCCGACUGACUUCCUCCAUGUCGACAAGGAUGGCCAGAAGAAUAACGUCGCACUUUUCGCUCACAUCGAUCGUGGCAGCGAUUAUGUAGACCACCACAGCUUCUUCAUCAGCACCAAUGCGACGACACAUGUCCAUCAUUGCUCGUUCGAGGUUCAUGACCUCGACACUCAGAAGCUUGGACACCAAUGGCUUGCCGACAAGAAGUAUGAGUCUGUGUGGGGUGUGGGCAGGCACAUCCUCGGAUCGCAAAUCUUUGACUACUGGUGGGAUACGACUGGGAAUAUGAUUGAGCAUUAUGCCGAUGGUGAUCUGGUCAAUGACCAGACACCUAUCGGGUAUGGUCCAGCGGGAGAUGAAUCUCUGGCAGUUUGGGGGCCCGAAGUCCCAUCUUGGUUUUUGAAGUAGUGCAAUAUGACUAAAAUGAUGCCUUC